AAAGCGUAUGUUCUCACCGUUUUCGCGCCUUCUAAUGUGAAUUUUCGGAUUCAGCGUUGCGGAUAACCCCCGGGCUAUGAGCAACGCAGAAGCGAAACAAGCGCGACAAGAGAUUGACGAACUCCUCACAUCUGGGAGGUUCGAGCGACUGGAGACGGUAUCAACUCACAUUUUCCAAAUGUUCGGCAGGGAAUGGAAGGAAAUUACAAGGCGCAAUGUCCUUUUACACAUGUUCCAUGAUUCCAUCGAUGAUAUGACAAAGUUGUUAGCUAGGGAUUGUUUUGAGAUAAUCUUUAACUUUGUCCCGCUGUCCGCUAGUUUCAACUUCACUUGCUUGAGCAGAAAAUUUGUUCGUGUAUGUUUGAAUAGAUUCGACAAAGCUGCACCCGUCUAUGGCUUUGGUUUCUCAAAUCUCCGUGAAAAGGAGUUGUUCUGCAUUCAGUUAGAUCUUGUUCGCAGACAUGCAAAGUCCACGCUCACACCCACAAUGCUCGCAGAAAUGGGUGCCCUCAACAUCAGUUCACAGUCAGCUCCUUCUCGUGCAGCUUUCUCUCAUACUCACUCUGUCCAACGUCGAAUUUGUAAUUCUUCUACAUCAGGCUACAACUCCCUGCUACUUCCUCCUCCUUCUGCUCCUCCUCCUCCUUCAGCUCCGUGUGAAUGUGCGCCAUCGCCGUACAAACAUUGUCAACCAACUUGGGAUGUCCACGCACGCAUACCUAUUGGUAGUGAGCCCGUCACUACUUCACCUUAUAUGCAGAGUUAUGAGAACACAUGUCAAGAUGACGUAUUAUAUGACUACUCCUUUCACGAAAAUUGUGUCCCACUACCCAGAUAUGAUGCACCUGAUUUGUCAAAGCUGCCAUUCCCGAACGUCCCUCCAGUCUCAAACACUCGUGAGUCUUCGCCGGACCGAUCGUUCGCAACAACGCUACCAGUGUGCACUGCAUCGGCUCAACCUGAGGAAUAUGCAUCUUUGGAAGCAAAUAAACCAGAGGAUAAGGUCAUGAUGGCAGAGCGUCGUGUGCGAGCACUGAUGGACUCUAUUCAGCCAGUGGGCAGCUUUUGGGACAGUCCUCCAAAAGUGCGAGAUAAAGUGGAUUCGCCAAGAGCGUCUAGCCGUACUGAGAACCCAGCUGGUGUGAUUGGUUCACCAGUGAAAGGUAAAGGUGGUGCAUCUUCUGCUCGUCGUCAAACUCCUAACAAAGCUUGGAAAUGGUAAUAGUAAAAACUCAUCGUCAGAAACAUCAAGAGCACUUAUAUACCUCCGCUAUCAUUUUUCCAAAAAUGGACCUUUAGCUCACUGUAUAGUUCUGUAAGAAAGAACCCUGUGAAUACUGGAAAUUUGUCUUUCGCUCAUUACAACUGUGAAGUCAACAUUUCCUUGUAAAUAUACCUUCAUUUUUCUUUGACAUUCUAUUCGCUCCGAUUACGUAAUAAUGACUGUUACAAUACCAUG